AUGUCUGGGGGCUCAGAGAGUGAUGACUGUGUAACAGCUAAUGGGAGGGUUUAUAUUCCUGAAGUAAGAAAUGAGGAAACACCAGCAGUUGGGAUGAAGUUCGACUCGCUUGACCUCGUUUACAAUUUCUAUAAUAGAUAUGCAUUCUUGGCUGGCUUUGAAAAAAAUGAGGCUUUUUAUUUCAAGAUUGAGGGAGAUGGCCAUGACAAGUUUAGUCGAUUUUUUUGGGCAGAUGCAACUUCUAGACGGGCGUACGGGUUUUAUGGAGAUGUUGUUGUAUUCGAUACCACAUUCAACACGAAUCGAUACGACUUGACAUUUGCACCAAUGUUGGGAGUUAAUAACCAUGGUCAGACAAUUGUCUUAGCAUGUGCAUUUUUUAGCAAGGAAACGACUGAGUCGUUUAUUUGGAUGUUUGAGGAGUUUAAGAAACCCAUGCCAGGUGGCGAACCUAAAAUGAUCAUUACAGAUCAAGAUGCGGCAAUGACCAGAGUGAUUUCAAUAGCCUUCCCGACUACAUUUCAUCGACUUUGCAUAUGGCACAUCACAUCAAAGUUCUCUGUUAAGUUACCACAUUCUGCUUAUAAGGAGUAUUGGAGUGAAUUUCAGAAAGUCAUAUGGGAUACUGACAAUAAGGAUGAGUUUGAUGCAAAAUGGAAUAUUGUGGUUACAAAGGCUGGUUUGACUGACCAUCCAUGGCUAAGUUCAAUGUUUGAUUUAAGGGAAUCUUGGGUUCCAGCCUACGCACGACAAUUUUUUGCCGCUGGAAUAUCAAGCAGCCAAAUAGCGGAAGGUUCUCAUGGUUUUUUCAAGCAAUACAUAUCAAAGAGAAAUUCGUUGAUGGAUUUCAUAAUACGAUUUGAGAGGGCACUUUCUCAUCAACGUCAAAAAGAGUUAGUUGCUGAUCACAUAGAUGCAUUUGAAGUGGCUCAAUCAUGUUUCCUAGAGCUCAAAACAGAGGAUGCUUCUAAAGUUGUCUUUAACGUGAGCGAAAGGAAAAAUUGGGAAACAAGAGUGGCAGAAGUUGUAUAUGUCAAAGAUUCUGACCACGCAUCGUGUAGCUGCAAAAGAUUUGAAUUUGUUGGAAUUAUUUGCAAGCACAUCUUAGCAUUGUUCAGAAGGGACCAGAUUGAAUAUAUGCCCGAUAAAUAUAUUUUGAAGAGGUGGAAGAAAACUGCGAAAUCUGGAUUGGUGUCAGAUGCAAAUGGCAACGAAAUUAAAGACUCUGCAAAUCCUGGUCUUUUAAUAAAGCGGAGUACAAUGUCUCGACUUGCUUCAGAUGUGGUUGAGGAUGCAUUAAUGAGUGAAGAAGGAUGUGAGCUACUGACAUCACCAUCGAACAAUGACGAAUCAACUCCAAUAGAUCGUAGUGACCCAUUAUUCGACGAAUUUGACAGGAUGCACGGACCAACUGAAUGA